GGCGGCAGUGGAGCGGCGGAGCUGCGGCCGGAGGGGGACUGCGGAACGGGACGGGGCUGCCCGGCCUCCCGCGGCCUGCCCGGCCGCCCUCCCGGCGGGUGUGUUUUAAAUAUCAGUGAAGAUGGAUAUCCGAGGUGCCGUAGAUGCUGCUGUCCCAACGAAUAUCAUUGCUGCCAAAGCUGCUGAAGUUCGGGCGAACAAAGUAAAUUGGCAGUCUUAUCUCCAAGGACAGAUGAUUUCAGGUGAAGACUGUGAAUUUAUUCAAAGAUUUGAACAGAAAAGAAAUCCAGAAGAGAAACAAGAGCUGUUGCAAACUGAAGGCAACCAAUGUGCUAAAACAUUUAUAAACUUGAUGACUCACAUCUCGAAGGAGCAGACGGUUCAAUACAUUCUGACUAUGGUUGAUGAUAUGCUGCAAGAAAAUCAUCAGCGUGUUUGUAUCUUCUUUGAUUACGCAAAACGUGGUAAAAACACUGCAUGGUCCUACUUCCUGCCGAUGUUGAAUCGACAAGAUCUUUUCACUGUGCAUAUGGCUGCAAGGAUUAUUGCCAAACUGGCUGCUUGGGGGAGAGAACUUAUGGAAGGCAGUGACUUGAAUUACUAUUUCAACUGGAUUAAAACUCAGCUCAGUUCACAGAAACUACGUGGUACAGGUGGUUCUGUGGAAGCAGGAGCAGUCUCCACAAGUGAUAGUUCCCAGUACGUGCAGUGCGUUGCUGGAUGCCUGCAGCUGAUGCUAAGGGUCAACGAAUAUCGCUUUGCGUGGGUAGAAGCAGAUGGGGUAAACUGUAUCAUGGGAGUCUUGAGCAACAAAUGUGGCUUCCAGCUCCAGUAUCAGAUGAUUUUCUGUGUGUGGCUGUUGGCGUUUAGCCCUCAAAUGUGUGAAUAUCUCCGUCGGUAUAAUAUUGUUCCAGUGCUGUCGGAUAUCCUUCAGGAGUCAGUCAAAGAGAAAGUGACUAGAAUCAUCCUUGCAGCGUUUCGGAAUUUGCUAGAGAAAUCAACUGAGAGAGAAACUCGCCAAGAGUAUGCUCUUGCCAUGAUUCAGUGUAAAGUCUUAAAGCAGCUAGAGAACUUGGAUCAGCAGAAAUAUGAUGAUGAAGACAUAAGUGAAGAUAUCAAGUUUCUGCUGGACAAGCUUGGUGAGAGCGUGCAAGACCUUAGCUCCUUCGAUGAGUACAGUUCUGAGCUCAAGUCGGGAAGGCUGGAGUGGAGUCCUGUACACAAGUCUGAGAAGUUUUGGCGGGAGAACGCUGUAAGAUUAAAUGAGAAGAACUAUGAACUACUCAAGAUCCUGACAAAACUUCUGGAGGUUUCUGAUGAUCCACAAGUGCUGGCUGUAGCUGCUCAUGAUGUGGGGGAAUAUGUACGACACUAUCCCCGUGGGAAAAGAGUGAUUGAACAACUUGGUGGUAAACAGCUAGUAAUGAACCACAUGCACCACGAGGACCAACAAGUUCGUUACAAUGCGCUGCUGGCUGUGCAGAAGUUGAUGGUUCACAACUGGGAAUACCUUGGCAAGCAAUUGCAGUCAGAACAACCUCAAACGGCCACUGCACGGAGCUAAACACUUCUAUCAGUGCACUGCAGUUCCUGCUUCUAACUAGAAUAUGUUUGUCUUUUUAAAUUAAUUGUUAAAUUAAUUGUCCAAGGAAACACUGAAAUCUCGUGGUCUUUGUCUGCUACUAGUGCAUAAACUUUCCAGCUUUCCUCCAGUGUUUUUUGGCUUAGUAAAAAAUUGUUGAGCUAGUUCUGAUAAAUGCCUGUUAUCUUCUGAACGUAUCUGAAAAAAUGUGGCUAAUAUAUUGCAUUUAUUUUAUGUAUUUAUUCUCAUAAUAAAGAAUGCUAUUAAAGGAUUUUCAUUCCAUGUCACAACCUAGCAAAAAUGUUCGUUUAGUGGGUUAUCAGUCUUGUCACUUUCCAGGAAAAGCAAAGAUAAAUCCACUUGUAUAUCUCCAGAGAAAUUAAUAAAGACUUCGUGUUCUGUAGGGAAUGCCUGAGAACUGUUCAUUAUCAGUACUGAAAUAUGUAUCAACUCUCAAAACAAUGUUAAUACUGUAAAUAAAAGAAAUGUACGGGGGCAAUUUUGGGUAGGAGACUUCUCUCUUUUGAGACUAUAUUUUAAAACUGGUUCACAAGAAGGGGGCAAAGUGGAGGGCAGGGAGAACACUCCUCUAAUGAGAAGUGAUACUUAAGGUUUUAGUGGAGCUGAAUAAUAGCAGUGUUAAAAUUGCAGAUCAAAGAUCAAAUGAUUUUUCUUUUUAAUAACAAAAGUGCAGUAAUAGAUGAACUCAGAAUUUGAUGGAGUGCUUUUUGUUAAUUAUUAAAGAUACUUGUAAAUGCU